AUGGGGUGGCCACCGUGGCACGCGGGCGAAGGAGGAGCUCAAGGAGCACGUCCCAGAAGAGGGCGUCAGCGGUGGCACGCCAAUCGACUACACCGCAUCCUGGGCCUCGAGAUCUUCUCCGGCAAGACCAGGGGAGCUUCCAUGGCAAGAAACAUGGUCAAUGACUCCAGGUUAAUUUUCUCUCUUCUUUUAUCAGCUCCGCGGGGUCGCUCAGGCUCGGGUGACGUGGAGCUCCAGGCCAAGGUAACGAGCAAAUUCUUCUUCGAGGUUGAGAUCGGCGGGAAGCGCGUGGGCAAGGUGGUCAUCGGGCUCUUCGGCGAGGUCGUCCCAAAGAUGAUUGACAACUUCCGUGCCCUGUGCACUGGUAUAUCAGGCUAA